CUCCCGUGGCAUCUUGGAAGCUGUUGUUCGAACGCAGUGAACCUACGCAAUAGAUGAUAGGACUCCCGGUUGCGUAAGCUAUCACGCGCGAGAGAAACGCGCUGUCCCGUGAUUUAGAGUCUUCUAAGUGGUUUUGCGCCACAUUUGCUGUGGCGGCAGAUAGGUUGUGCCCGCAUUUCACAUUUCAUUGAGCCCGUUGACGCCUCUGCUACAACUGCAUCACUCUCAAAUUAUGGCGCCUCGCCUGUCUAUAGUAAAUACACAAGCAGACCUCGCGGCAAAGACGUUCGUUCUCGACAAUGGCGCCUACACCAUCAAAGCUGGUUAUUCAAGCCCAGACCCAAAGCCAACAGACUGUUCCAUAAUACAAAAUACUAUCGCACACAGCGCACGCGACCGAGCGACAUACAUCGGCUCACAGCUAGAAAACUGCAAUGAUUUCGGCGAGCUCGCAUAUCGGAGGCCAGUACAGAAAGGCUUUGUCGUCAACUGGGAAGCCCAAAAGGCCAUCUGGGAGCAUUCGUUCUUCGACCAUAGCGCGAAGCUCAAGGUCGACCCAAAGGAUACAAACUUGAUCCUGACGGAAGCGCCCAACUGUAUGGAGGCACUGCAAAACAAUACCGAUGAGAUGGUAUUUGAGUACUUCCAGUUCGCCACUUAUCACCGAUGCCUGGCGGCAUCUCUGAAUGCCUACAAUGACAUCUCCUCGAUCUACACAAAUCAGUCUCCCACUCCCCCUGCCCCUCCUGUUGCGCCCAUUCAGUCGCUUCUGGUGGUCGACACCUCAUACUCACAUACCACCGUCAUCCCUCUACUCUCCUCCGCUCCACUUCAGUCCGCGAUUCGACGCCUUAGUCCGGGCGGUAAACUUCUUACAAAUUUCCUAAAGGAGCAAGCCUCUAUCCGCCACUUCAAUGUCAUCGAAGAAACACACCUGCUUAACGAUGCAAAAGAGGCAUCUGUAUACAUAUCUCACGAUUUCAGAAAAGAUAUGGAUCUUACAUGGGCAGGCGGUGCGAGAGACGAUGCUGCGACGCGGAGGUAUGACGAGACAACAACGCUGGACUUCGUGCUGCCAGACUACGAGACUGUGAAGAAGGGAUAUGUGAGACCGCAUGCACCGGCAGUUGCGCGAAGUAAAAUUGCGCUGCGCGAAGAUAUCCUCCCACUCUCCAAUGAGCGAUUCCGCACACCAGAGCUCAUAUUCAAUCCGACUGACACUGGAAUACCGGAAGCAGGGCUCCCGGAAGCUAUAGUACAAUCUCUAUCUGCUCUACCAGAAGGCCUACGGCCAGCGAUGUGUAGCAAUAUCAUUGUCGUAGGGGGAAACACGCUCAUAUCGGGGCUUGUUCAGCGAUUGAGCGAGGAGGUACGCACGCUGCUGCCAAGGGAGUACCCGGUGAGAGUAAGCCGCGCACCUGAUCCAAUUGUGUCGACUUGGCUGGGAGGGGCGAGAUUGGGUGCGGAUCGAGAGGCAUUGAGGGAUAAAGUUGUUACUAGGAAGGAAUAUGAGGAGAUGGGAGUGGGCUACUUGCAAAAGAGGUUCUCAGGAAGAGCCUAGAGAAGGAGAUACCAUACACCCGUUGUUUACAUAGAUACAUGGGCAACCAUAGUAUAAACAUUAAGGAUAAAAAUUCAUCCGGCAAGGCGAUUAAGCCUGAAC